AUAACUAAUUCAUCAAAACUGUACACUAUAAUUGUAUCAAAUUAAAUGCUUAUUGUUUGAUUAAUAUUUUUUAUUUUUAUUAAAUAUUUAACCAGAAUAUAAAGCUUGGAGGGGCUAAAAGAGCUUACCCACCCCCAUUAACUGUAUUUAAUAUUUUUUCUGGUAAAUAAAUUAUUGCAUCUAUUAAAAACAUGAUUUAAAACAAAAAAGUUUGUGAAAGAAAUGUUUAAUAGGAAAUUUUUUUAGUGAAAAAAUUCCUACUUUUUCAAAGUCGGGUAUUAAUGCAGUUUAGUUCCCACAUGAUUUUUCGAUUUUUUUCUUCCCAAAAGGUAUGUUUUAAAGCACUGAAUACAAAAGUCUAAUUAAAAAUUCUCGCAAAUCAUUAUUUUCGAAGUUCUUUUUUUCCAAAGUGUACGAUUUUACACAUUACGCAUGCAUACGCGAAACGCUGUAUACUUUGCUUUCCUACAUUUUCGUACUAUUAUAAAUGAUUAUUAACACAUAUUUUAGUUUUUAGUUUUUACCCUGUGACCUACAUGAGGUGGUUUUGCACAACAAGUCGAGGGAUAUUUUCGAUUUGCGGCGUCGAGGAGUGUAGUGACGAGUGCCGAUAUACGCGUAGUCACUGCCAAGAGAUAUUGCAGUGGCGUAGCCAGGAUUUUUUUUCGAGGAAGGCUGAUCAAUUUUUGUAAAAUACAAUUUAAGAUUUUUGUAGCAAUUAUUUUCAUAGAUCAUUAAAAAUUAAUUAUUAUUUUUAAAUUUUCUUGAUAUUUCGGGGGGGCUGCAGCUACAGCACCCUCAGCCCACCCCAUGGCUACGCCACUGGGAUAUUGUGAUAUUGUGUUAAUUUGUUUUAUUAUUAUGAACUAUGAAGGAUUUAUUCGCGAAAAUAAAACAUUAUUAUUUAUCACUUUUAUUGCUUUUUGAAAGUUGUUAAAUAUAAUAAUCUAAGUAUGAUCUAAAUUUUUCAUCAAAACUUCUUUAGAUAAUAAUAUUUUAAUAAGAAAUAAAAAUAAUUAAUAAGAGCCAAGAGGCGACAAUCCAAUACGAAAACGUAGGAAAGCAAAGUAUACAGCGUUUCGUGCAUGUACCUAUGCGUAAAUGCGUAAAAUCGUUAACUUUGGAAAGAUAUAAGUUCCAAAAUAAUGAUUUGCGAGGAUAAUUUUAUUAGACUUUAGUAUUCAGUGCUUUAAAACAUACCUUUUGGGAAGAAAAAAAAUCGAAAAUUCGUGUGGGAACUAAACUGCAUUUAUUCCCAGUCGUUGUUAAAUUGGUCUCUAUUCAACAGAAUUUGAAUAUUAAACAGAAUUUAGAUUUUUGUUAAAUAUUAGGAUCUCAGUUACAACCUCUAUUUUAUAAGCACAUUUUAAUUAAAAGAAAUGUAUUUUAGAUGAUUCAGAAUGUUAUGACUUGUUGCUAGAACACCGAUUUAUACCUACGCAACAGAUUGUUUUUUACUUUUCAUAAUUUUGGAUUUUUGUAAAUGAUAUUUACAAUUCAUACUACCUACUACAUAAUUAAAAUUCAUUAACUCGUUAAGUGAACCGAUAAUACACCUGCAAUCAUAAAUUUCAAUCGACAUUUAGAAUAUAGAGGUUAAGGUGUUUAGAGUUAGUCAAAAUAUCGUCUUAAAAUAAUUUAAUAUUCUUUUAAAUUUAUUUUUUAAUUGUCAAAUAGUAAUAAAAUAUAAUAUCGAUUUAUCAAACCUCAAUAAUAUAAUAUAUUCGAGUACAUUCUUGCCGCUAGCUAAACCUAUUUCAUACCAGUCAAUUGUGUCAGAGACCUUAGAACGUUAAGAAAAUCAAUAUGGCCGAUAAUCAUAUGCACAUCCCAAUAUUGGCAAUAUGUGUUGUUUGUUGUUAUAUUUUUUUUUACUUUAUCAUGAAAAAAACGACAUCGGGUCGUUAUUUGUGACGCCACCGCUCCUCCGGCGACGACCGAACAGCGACGACGAGUGUCGGUUUAUACUUGUGCGAGGGAGUAGUGGGAAUAACGGCGUUCUUCAGAUCAUCCAAUAACCAACAGUCGAUGCCCAAACAGCAAACAACGUUAAUAACUACAAAAACGACAACGUAAACGGACGACAGACAACACAGGCAGCCACCAAGUGUCUAAGCGCAGUGUCUUUACAACACGUCUUUAAGUAUUGUUGUUUUAAAAUUAUCCAUUUUUAUUAUUUUGUUUCUACGUCCAACGCGUCACCAUCAUGUCGACACAUGCGUCUGGGAAACUCAUCAUAGUGUCUAACAGGCUUCCGUUUGUUCUCAAAAAAAAUGAGCUGACGCUAAAAUGGGAAAGAAAAGCCAGUGCUGGCGGGUUAGUCACUGCUGUAGCACCUGUUGUAAUUCAAGGAAAUGGAAUAUGGAUUGGAUGGGCUGGUGUUCACUUAGAGGAAGGUGAAAAGAUACCAGAAUCAGAUCCUAAUGAUACAACACCUACUGCAGGAUUACUUUCUGAAAGAGUUAUACCGGUUGAUUUUGAUCCUCAAGUAUUUGAUAGUUAUUAUAAUGGUUGCUGUAAUGGAACAUUUUGGCCACUAUUUCAUUCAAUGCCUGAUAGAGCACAAUUUUCUGCUGAUUCUUGGAAAUCAUAUUGUGCAGUCAAUAAAGAAUUUGCAUCAAAAACAGUUGGUGCCUUGGAAAAUUUAUCAAGAGUGGAUACAGAUUCUGGAACACCUAUUGUUUGGUUACAUGAUUAUCAUCUUAUGUUGGCUGCCAAUAGCAUAAGAAAUGUGGCUGAUGAAAAAAAUUUGAGAUUUAAAUUAGGAUUUUUCCUUCAUAUACCAUUUCCUCCAUGGGAUAUCUUUAGGUUGUUUCCAUGGGCUGAUGAAAUUCUUCAAGGAAUGCUAGGUUGUGAUAUGGUUGGUUUUCAUAUUGAAGACUAUUGUUUAAAUUUUGUGGAUUGCUGUCAGCGUAGAUUAGGUUGUCGAGUGGAUCGUAAACAUUUACUAGUUGAACAUGGUGGUCGCACGGUACGUAUUCGUCCAUUGCCAAUUGGUAUACCGUUUGAUCGAUUUGUAGAAAUGGCCAAGCAAGCACCCACAGUAAUAAAUACAUCAUUAAAAUUGGUGCUUGGUGUUGAUAGAUUAGAUUAUACUAAAGGAUUAGUACAUAGACUUAAAGCUUUUGAAUUAUUAUUGGAGCGAUAUCCACAACAUAAGGGUAAAGUAGCACUAAUGCAAAUUGCUGUUCCAUCACGCACUGAUGUUAAGGAAUAUCAGGAUCUUAAAGAGGAAAUGGACCAGCUUGUUGGUCGAAUAAAUGGAAGAUUUUCAACUCCUAAUUGGUCACCAAUUAGAUAUAUUUAUGGGUGUGUCAGUCAAAAUGAUUUGGCAGCUUUCUAUCGUGACUCGGCUGUAGCUAUGGUUACACCACUUCGAGAUGGCAUGAAUUUAGUUGCUAAAGAGUUUGUUGCUUGUCAAAUUAAAGAACCUCCUGGUGUUCUUAUUGUAUCACCAUUUGCUGGAGCCGGUGAAAUGAUGAAUGAAGCUUUAAUUUGUAAUCCAUAUGAAUUAGUUGAAGCAGCUGAUACAUUGCACAGAGCGUUGACCAUGCCUGAAGAUGAAAGAGUGUUAAGAAUGAGGUGUUUGAGACGUAGAGAAAAAGUACACAAUGUUGAUUAUUGGAUGCGAUCUUUCCUUAAAGCAAUGGGAACUCUAAUAUGUGAAGACGGAGAUGAUGUUUUGCCAACUACUAUGCAACCAGUCACUUUACAGGACUUUGAUGAUUAUUUAUCUAAAUAUAUUGGUAACACAAACAAACUUGCAUUAUUAUUGGAUUAUGAUGGUACAUUAGCUCCAUUAGCUCCUCACCCAGACCUAGCUAUAUUACCUUUAGAAACUAAAGGUGUUCUAGAAAGAUUAGCCAAUAUGUCUGAUGUUUACAUAGCUAUUAUUUCUGGCAGAAAUGUUCACAAUGUUAAAGAUAUGGUUGGUAUUGAGGGUUUGACUUAUGCUGGUAAUCAUGGACUAGAAAUUCUUCAUCCAGAUGGGAGUAGGUUUUUGCAUCCAAUGCCUAAAGAAUAUGUAGAGAAAGUUGGUGAUCUAUUAAAAGUGCUUCAAGAAAAAGUUUGCAAAGACGGUGCUUGGGUAGAAAAUAAAGGUACUUUAUUGACAUUCCAUUAUCGUGAAGUGCCUGUUGAUAUUCGACCUGAACUUGUAUCUACAGCACAACAUCUCAUUGAAGAAGCUGGAUUUAAGGCAGGUCAGGCUCAUUGUGCCAUUGAAGUCAAACCUCCAGUACAAUGGAAUAAAGGACGCGCAUCUUUGUAUAUAUUACGUUCAGCCUUUGGUUUAGAUUGGGGUGAACGCACACGCAUUAUUUAUGCAGGAGAUGAUGUAACUGAUGAAGAUGCAAUGCAGGCAUUAAAAGGUAUGGCAGCAACUUUCAGAGUAGCCCAGUCUCAAAUAGUUAAAACUUCAGCUGAACGUCGUUUGCCAAGCACAGAUUCUGUGUUAACUAUGUUGAAAUGGAUUGAAAGACAUUUUGGUAAACGACUUCCUCGUGAAAAUAGUGUUGGUAAUUUAAGCAAUAAUCUACAAAUGUCGUUGGGAGAAAUUGAAAUGGAGCUCAGUAUGCCAGAAGAAAAAUGUCCACAAUAAACUUCCAAAUAUUUAUGUAUUAAAUCUUAAGUUAGAUAUUCAUAGCGACACAAAAUGUUAGUUUAAAAUUGUUUGAUAUUGACUCAUAACAUCCUUUUUGCUAACUGAUAUAUGUUUUAUUUUUUUAUUCAAGUAUACGUGAAUAAUAUUCAUAUUUUCAUAUUUAAUAAUGUUUAUAAAACAGAACAUAUUGCUACAUUUUAUUACAGCUAAAAGCAAAUAAAAUAUUUUAUAAAUUGAUUAAAAAUUAAUAAAAAAAAAGUGAUUAAGAAUUUAAUUUAAAUAAAAUUACAGUAUAACAGUUCUUUAUAUUCCUUAAAUAUUGUAACUUUUCAAUUUCUUAUCUUUUAUAUUUUAAUAAACAGACAUAGCUGUAUCUAUAUUUAUUAAAAUAAAAACACUUAAAUAGUAAUAAAUCAGUUGACAUUUAAAAAAAGUGAAACCAAUAUUAUAGUGUUUAAUAAAAAGAAAAAAAACCUUCUAGAAUAAUAUAUAAUAAAAACUUAAAUUAAAAAUAAUAUUAAACAUUGUACCAUCAAAAAAAUUGUGCCAUAAUCAAAAAUAAAUAUUAUUUUUAAUUUGUUAAUUUUUAUGAAAAUCUUUUUUUUCUUAGAUUUAAGACCUCAAUAUAAUAUUUAUAAUUUUAUAUCAUAUUUUUUUUUUUUAUCAUAUUAUUUUAAAAGAAGAUAAUGGGCUCCACUAAACAUGUUUAUGUGGGUAUCAAAUAGUUAACAAUUUGAGAUACAAGAGUAUAGUUAAUAAAAUUCAAUAAUUACAAACAUUUUUUCUAUAUAUAAUUUAAUAUUUUAUAGGUUUAAAGUUCUGUAGUUAAAUAAUAUAAAGUUAUACAACCAAAAUUAUCAACAUUUCUAAUGUAAUAAAUAUAAUAAGUAAUCCUAUCCAUUUAUUAUAAGUAAUUAUUUUGUUUUGUAAUAGUAUUUUUUUUUUUUUUUUAAAUUUGUGUUUAUUCCUACCGAGAGCUUAAAAUUAUUUUUUUACUGGUAUUCAUAUUGUAUAAGUAUUUAGUAUUUUGUGUAAUACUUAUACAUUUUAUUUGCAUUAUACAUUUAGUAUAUCUAGCCCACUGCAGUUUUAUGUUUUAAUAUACAUGUCAAAUUAAAAUAAUAAAUAUAUGUAUUAAGUUCA